ACCACGUGACCCGUGUUUACAUUUUCUCUCAGCUGUUUCUUUCUUCCUUCUCUCCAGCACAGCGUCUCGCCGUUACCACUCUUAUUUUCCCCAACCAAACCACUAAAGUUAGCUCAGACAAGCAGUACUUAGUCUCUGGAAGAGGCUGUCAUCGUGUGAAAGUGGCUUUCACUCACCGUCGCAUUGCACGGUGCACGGUGCAAGAAGUGAGUAAAUGCGACACGACAUUCUCUCUUGCUGCUCAGACAUGAGCCCCAUCUGAAGUGACACUUGACGACUUGCGUUGGCAGGACCCCCUCAGCCAGCGUAGAUAUCCAUGCCGCUGUGAGGAGGACUCACUCAACCUGUGUACAAGUUCAGCCCUUCCGUGUCUCUUCACUUUUCGCCAUGGGGGGAGCUGUGAGCGCCGGGGAGGACAACGAUGACCUCAUCGACAACCUAAAGGAGGCUCAGUACAUCCGCACAGAGAAGGUCGAGCAGGCCUUCCGAGCCAUAGACCGAGGCGACUACUAUCUGGACGGUUAUCGGGACAGUGCCUACAAAGACUUGGCAUGGAAGCAUGGAAACAUUCACCUGUCUGCUCCCUGUAUAUACUCUGAAGUAAUGGAGGCCCUCAAACUGCAGCCAGGCCUUUCCUUCCUUAAUCUGGGCAGCGGAACCGGUUACCUGAGCACAAUGGUUGGGCUCAUCAUAGGCCCCUAUGGUGUGAACCAUGGAGUUGAGCUCCACAAGGAUGUGGUCGAGUACGCCAGACAGAAACUUGAUGAAUUCAUUAAGAAUAGUGACAGUUUUGAUAAGUUUGAAUUCUGUGAACCUGCCUUCGUGGUGGGGAAUUGCCUUGAAAUCUCAACAGACAGCCAUCAAUAUGAUCGCAUUUAUUGUGGUGCUGGAGUGCAGAAGGACCAUGAAAAUUACAUGAAAGUACUGCUCAAAAUUGGAGGCAUACUGGUGAUGCCUAUAGAGGAUCAGCUGACCCAGAUAACCAGAACUGGUCAGAGCACGUGGGAUAGCAGGAACAUCUUGGCGGUGUCCUUUGCCCCCUUGGUCCAGCAGAGCCGAGGAGAAGGAGAGAAGCCUGACACUGUCCAGCUGCCCCCAGUGACCGUCCGCAGCCUACAGGACCUAUCACGCAUUUACAUUCGCCGCACUCUCCGAAACCUGACGAAUCAGGACAGUCAGGGGAAGGGCACGGUUCAGAGGGUUCCCCACAAGCGCAAAAGGAGGCGCUGUCGACGGCGACGCAUCAACACCUACGUUUUUGUGGGCAAUCAGCUCAUACCCCAAAUGGUGGAGAGUGAAGAGGAGGAACACGCUGAGGAGGAACAGAAGGAGGCGGCGGCAGAGGAGGAGGAGGAAAGAGACAUUGGUGACAUUGAAAUCAUCAAGCAAGUGAAUGAGCUGAGAGAACAAAUACUGGCUCUGCCUCUGCCGGAGUCACUGAAAGCGUACUUGCUGUAUUACAGAGAGAAAUGACUGAUCUACUCGAUGUCCAUCCUUAAUGAGUGCUCUGCCUGCUGAAAUCCUGUUUUCUUCACCCUUUUUUCAGUUCAAUGUAGCAUUAUUAUCACUUAAUCUCAAAGGCAACACUGUAUUGGAACAAGAUGACAUAAUGUCAGAUAAUAAUGUUUUGAUUUUCAUGGGUGUUCGUUUCUCUUGACAUUUUCGUUUUUGAUCUGUACAUAAAAAUAUGUAAAAAGUAUUCUAAAUGGACAUUCAGUUUCAGGAAACGGUUUUGAGAUACAGAUUUUAUCAAAUCAGGAUGUCUGCCGAUAUAUGCAGAUAAAAACUCUUUAAAUGACAAAAAAAAAUUUCUGUUCUUAUGGUUUUGUUAAAAUAUGAUCAUGAAAUGAAAACUUCACUGCACCUUUUGUAGAAGCUUUAACCUGCUGUCACUAUACGGGGAUUUAAUUAUACAGAAAUGUGCUGAAUUGCAAAUAAGGCCACAUCUGAUCCCAUUUUUCAACUAAAGAUUAAGAACUUCUUGCAUAUUCUUGAAUGGAGGGAGAAAUAAUUGUCUUGAUGCAUUUUAUACCUUCCUGCUAACAAAAAAAAAUAGAUCACUGAAAAGAUGAAAUUGGUUCAUAUAUAUAUUUUCUACAGGGCACAUUUUAAUGUGAAGUUUUCUAAAGCAUGCUUACAUUCUUGUGGGUUCUCACUGCGAAAAGCUGACAUGUUAUUUGAUGCAAUGUAAGUUCUCUACUCUCUUGUCUUUUCUCAAGGAUGCAUUUAAAUAAUAUAUCAGAGGUUUAGCAUGGUAAGGAAAUGAGCUACAGAUGUUUAUGGACAGUUUCAGAAAGGAAGAUGUUUAAUCAAUAUUGAUUAUAUUAUAUAUAUCUCAGGUGUUUCAAGGCACCGUUUCACAUGUUCUGACUGAUCGCUGGAGGUGAUGUCCCAAGUGAUCAAGUUUAGGAAUAUGUCUUUUAAAAAUUUUUAAAAAAUCAUAGGAAUUUAAAGGGCAUUUAUCAUAAUUUAUUUUUUCCCCUUUUCAAUUAUGCUAAGGAUUGUAGCUCUGAAUAAUUAUAUUAAAUUCUAUGACUAAAUAUGAAAAUAAAUUACACAAAAAAGCAAAACGUACACAAAAAACAGCAAGCAUCAUGCAGCACAGAAUGCAGCCACAAGUUUGAUUGAUCUCGUGUUUGUAAAACUACCUUUAACAAAAUAAAAUAAUUCUAUAAUUAAGAAUGUUGGCAGCAGUUAGUUUAAAAAAAAGAAUUAAUUCUGCUCCACUUCUGACCAGCAUUGUUACUCUUAUACUCUCUUCCUUCCAGCAAACUAGCUUAUUUUAUAUUGGUGAGCCAUGCAGUGAAUGUGCAAGUCUGCCUUUUCUUCACACAAGUAGUCUGGGUUUUACUUGUGAUGGUUUUAGCGCACUAUAGUGAUGUAGCUGUUGAAAUGUUAUACUGAGGAUGUCUGUCAUGUUAACUCUAGAAAACCACCAGCAUUUAGUUUUCACAUGCCAUUUUAACCAUAAAAAGUCACGUCAAGCUAAUGUUACCCAGGUAGUGAAUGGAGAGGAAGUUAAAAUAGUAAUGCACAAUCACAUUGCGGCUGCAGUUUGGCUCAGAAACUGGAUGAACAUCCUGAAGAAUUGUUUGGAGACAACAUUUUUGUUUUGUACACUUACAAAGUAAAGAGUGUUUUAAAAAAAAACAGUUCUCACUUGAAAACGUCUCUCUCAGCUACUUCUUAAUAGUCUGGCUGUUCACUGCCUGCUCAAGCUGCAUUAUUACCCAUAGAUGAACUUUGUAGCAAAAGUGCUCAAUUCAUCUUUUUGUUGUGCUACCAAUCGGUGGUUAGAUAUUCAACCUAUUCCCAUUAAAAUGUUGGAAUUUUUAUGCAGGAAGCAUUUCAUGUUUACUGUACCACUAUACUUGAUCAGGCACUGCAGAUGCAGGUGAUGUGCCGUCAUCCUUAUAAUGUACUCACUUCCGGUUUUACAGAGACAUAGCUACAAAAAAAUGCUUUAUAAAUACGGGUUAGUUUUGGAAAACAAUGUAAAAGUUGAUUAGGAUUCAUUUUUGUCUCAUG